GGUCAACUAAAAUUGGAACGGCACGGCAGUAAAAUUUUGUUAGGGUCAAUGCAACCCAUAUAAUGUGUGAGUGAAACUUUUUGUGAGUAAUUUUAUAAAAUUAAUCUGAUAAAAUCCUAUAAAAAUUUCCCGGACAAAACGUGUUUGAAUAGGUCUUUUAACUAUAUUACUCGCAUAUACUCUGUCUAAAGUUAAAAUACUAUAUAGUGCAGUAGAGAAGAGAUUUUUUAAGCGCGUUCUGCGGACGAGUCUAAUACGCAGCGCUGUGAAGAAAGGGAGCUUCUAGGCUGGGCCUACGCGCAGUGCUGUGGAGUGGGAGAAGUCCCCCAAGUUUUGUACGAUCUCGAAAGACGUGCAAAAUUUUACACUCAGUAACUGAGAAUCAUAUGACGAUAAAGACGUGCUGUGCAUUUCGGAAAGAGAGCUGUUGUUAUUUUGGAAAUUUAUUACGCAAAAUGGAAUUGCGAUCACGAAAAUCGUCAGAAGUAGUAAAUAUACUUUUGAAAUCCGCUGAAGAAAAUUUUGACAAUAUAGAUAAUUUGAGCGACAAAGGAGAAGACUAUUUAGAAAAACACUGCUCAACAGUGUCCGAGGAAGAAGCUGAAUCUGACAUAAAUGACUCAGGACAAAUUAUUGAUCCAGAUGAGAGGCAGCGUAAAAAGAAGGGACGUUCAUGUAAAUAUUUACGCGCAUCUAAUUUUAAAUGGUUGUUUAACGCACCAGAAUCUCGAGGUAGAUCAAUUAAAACAGAAUUUGACACUAUAAAAGCUAAAGCAAAAAGUGCUGCAAAAUCCGUUUCAAUACUGCUCGAAACCUGGUCUCUUCUUUUAUCAGAUGAUAUUUUAAAUAAAAUUAUUUUACACACGAACAUAGAAAUCGAAUGGCAUCGAUAUAAAUUACUAACUGAAAAUAAAUUCAUACCAUCUUAUUACAACCAUAUGACUUUAAUGGAGUUUAAAGCUUUUAUAGACUUAUUGUGUUGUGCUGGAUUCAAUAAAUUAAAUUAUACGAAUAUUCGACGUUUAUGAUUUCCGUUUUCAAUGCCGUUAUUUAAUGCAACGAUGUCAGAAAACAGAUUCACAUUUUUAUUAAUUUGUCUCCGAUUUGAUGAUAAAGAAACGCGCGCACAGCGUUAAAAAACUGACAAUUUUUCUCGCAUGAGAGAAA